CGCAGGGGCUAUGCCAAAACGAAAGUGAGGCAGGAGUGCCAAACUGGUUUUGUCAUCCAUCUUGCAUUUCGGUUCUGUGGAAGAAAUUAUUAUAAGCAAAAAGCUAAAUCACAAACACACCAAGCAGACUGACGACAACUUUGCAGUAUAAAGCACCAAACUUGUUUAUACUAGCACGCAACUUGGCUUUAACUUGGUGUCCAAUUUCUUAUGUGGAAUUGAAUGGAAAUAUUGUAAUGUCCCUGAAGCCGAAAACAGUAAAUUUUGAAGAAUCAUGGAUGAGAAUCAAAAAGACAUUGAACACUGUAAUAACUUAUGGGAGUAGUUCAUCUGAGAAUGAAAAGGUGCAAAAAAGAGCUGACUGGAAUGACAGAUUCUCUGAUAUUUAUGCACUAUGUGUUGCAAGCCCUGAGCCUUACACAGCAAAAGUUUACGAAAAGACAAUGAACUUUUUCAAGGACUAUGUGGAAAAGUUAUAUGAGGAAGAGAUUUCUCGAUCUUCUGAUAUGCUGACAAAUUAUGAAUAUCACUGGGACCAGUUCAGUAGAGGAUCUCAACACAUUAACUCGCUUUUUCGAUAUUUAAAUGGGCUUUAUUGUAAGAAAAAGAAGACGGACUUCUACGAACAUCCAACCAUCUACCCCCACUCUCAAUCGGAUGAUAACAUCGAAAUUGGCCAUCUUGCACUAGAAACAUGGAAGACAAACAUGAUUGGCAGAAUAAAGGAUUCGCUCAUAACUGCUGUAUUGGAUUUUAUAAGGAGGGACAGAGGUGGCGAGACAGUUACUGGAGCGGAUGUAAAGAAUGUUAUACGUUCAUUUAUUGAUGUUGAGCAGUACGAGACCAGAGCCCCGUUAAAGUUAUACCAAGAUAUCUUUGAAGUCCCAUUGUUGAGCGAAACCAGUGAUUAUUACCAACAGGAAGCAGCUCGGCUUUUGCAAUUUUGCGAUUCUUCACAAUUCAUGGAAAAGGUGGAUGCAAGACUAGAGGAAGAAAGGCUGAGAGCUCAGAAAUAUCUACACGUGUCGUCGUUCGAGAAAGUUAUGAAAGUGUGUCAAGAUAAACUUGUUGAGUCGCAGUUGCAUUUGCUGCAGAGUGACUGCCGUGAUAUGAUACACAGCAAAAAGUUAUCAGAUCUACGCCGAAUGUAUAAGCUUCUGAAGCCAAUACAGAAAGGUUUAGAUUUAAUGUUGAAAGAAUUUGAAGAAUACAUUGCUGAUACUGGUCUAGCGAAAGUGAAAGCGUUCUAUACUGAAAACGGAACUGGACAAUUCGUUGAUGCAUUGAUAGAAAUUCACAAGGAAUAUUCUGAUAUGAUCGAAAAGACAUUCAGCAACGACCAGUCAUUCCUUGGCGCCCGGGACAAAGCUUGUACAAAGAUUGUUAACUACAGGAUAAGCUCGCAAAAACAUUGCAGAUCUCCAGAAAUGCUCGCAAAGUAUUGUGAUUCUUUACUGAAGAAAAACACGAAGCUGCUUAGCGAGCGAGAAAUCGAUGGAAAGCUAAACAAUGUGAUUGUUAUAUUCAAAUACAUAAAUGAUAAAGAUAUAUUCCAAAAGUUUUACUCGAAGCUACUGGCCAAACGACUAGUGCAUAACAUGUCAGUGUCAAUGGAUUCAGAAGAAAACAUGAUAAAUCGCCUGAAAGUUGCUUGUGGCUAUGAGUACACAACCAAGCUUCAUCGAAUGUUCACUGAUAUGAAAGUCAGCGAAGAUUUGAACAACAAGUUCUUUCAUUUCCUGGAAGAGAACGAAUACGAUGUUGGCAUAAAUUUUUCAUUGCUCGUUCUACAGUCUGGUGCUUGGCCCCUCAGUCAAACUGGUGUAUCUAGUUUCGCAUUGCCAAGUGAACUUGUAAAAAGCCUCCAAAUGUUUGAAACAUACUAUAACUCCGUCUUUAAUGGAAGGAAAUUGACUUGGCUAACACAUUUGUCAAAUGGCGAGAUAAAGAUGAAUGUACAGAAAAAGACCUACAUUAUCACAGUUACAACGUAUCAAAUGGCAAUCUUGUUGCUGUUCAAUGCUGGUGACAACUUAUCAUUUGCAGACCUGAGGAAUCAGAGUCAGUUAGCAGAGAAGGAGCUCACAAGAACUUUGCAGUCUCUUGUGGAUGUUAAAAUUUUAUGCAAAAAUCCGAAAAAGGCAGCCGAGUUUUCUGACUGCACGUUAACUUUUAAUGAAGAAUUUUCAAACAAGAGGACAAAAUUCAAAAUCACCACGGCAGUGCAAAAAGAAUCUAAGCAGGAAGAGGAGCAAACACAUUCAGCUGUUGAUGAAGACCGAAAAAUGUACAUACAGGCAACGAUUGUUCGGAUAAUGAAACAUCACAAGCUAUUGAAACACAAUGACCUUAUGCAAGAGGUUGUUCGACAAGUCAAGCCAAGAUUCUCCUCGAGUGUUGUUAUGAUAAAGAAAUGCAUCGAAACCUUAAUUGACAAGCAAUACAUUGAAAGGUCACAAGGAACCAAAGAUGAGUACACGUAUUUGCCUUAAAGAGCGUGCAAUUUUAAUAGAACUUCCUUGUCUGCCUUGUAAAAACAUUUAUGUAGUGUCAAAUGCAACGAUAAUUUGUACUCAUUUUCAUUAAUUGACUCAGCUUCUUCCUUU